AAUGCCAAGACUUUAAAAACGUCUGCACAUCUACGCCUGUAUGCCUAGUGAACCAGAGUCAAGAAGGUUCUUGAACCAGUAAAUAUGUACCUGUGAAAAAUAGAGAUAUUUAGACGUUUAAUCUUGGCCUGAAUACCAACGAACAAUAUUCCCCUUACACUCCGCAGGCAAGAUGCUGAGUGCAUAUCUGGCCCUCAUCAUCAUCGCAACCCAUUUCGCAGGGAUGAGGUUAGCCGGAGCCUCUCAAGAACAGGUUCCUUUCACAUACCUCAUCCCCCAUGAUCCUAUCGUCGCAACUUGGUACCCUGGCAGCAACGCUGAGGCCAUCAAUACGAUUUCAGAGUCUCUCUGUGCGAUCAAUUGCUAUUUGAGGUCUUGUGUGGGGUACAGUUAUUCAGAACAUUCGUGUUUACUGGAAGGCCUUGGAGCUCAUUCUAGUACUGCCAGAAAUGGAGGACAGUUUUACCAAAGGGCUCGGAAUAACAUGGCUUUCCAGCGACCAGCUUUUGCUUUAAGCAAUUAUCCUAGCUCUUCGCCGGCGAAUGCUGUUGAUGACAUCACUUGCCUUGAGUGGUCUACGGAGAACCAAUCUUGUUGCUUCACGUCAUACUACGCCCCGUUCUCCUGGCUGGUUGUUGACCUCGGGCUCCCCAGGAAAGUACUUCUUAUCGACGUCGGCAGCAGCCAGUUGAAUAAUUACGAGGUUCGUGUGGGCAGUGAGAUGAAGUCAGAUGGAAAUUUCACGACUUAUGACCUCUUCUCGCACUCCCGCCCAAAACUGACCAAAAGCAGGGCUGUGUUCGUCCAACCAGAGGGCGUGGUGGGUCGUUUCGUCAGCAUCCAAGGGCUUACCGAAAUGAACCUGCGUGUUUGUGACUUAGUCGUUUUGGUGGGGGAUUUGAAUUGAUGUAGGAGCAAAAUUUAGUGUCUGAACUAGUGAAGUAAAUCAAGAUAAUUAUUUAUAUCUUUGAGAAGUAAAAUUGCUCAUAUUAUUUCACAAUUAAAUGGGCGGAGGAACUCAUGGAAGUAAGCAGUGUUUUCUUAUAAUCCUUCUUCAGCGAAUCAUGACUUUCUUCUCCUGCAGGUGUGUAUCUGUGCUGGUUAUCAAAAUCUUGUUUUUACUCGGUUGUUGAAGGUUGUAAUGCUGGAUAAUUGAAAUGAGAUAAAUGUUGAAUUAAUAUGCCUUGGAUUUUUGUUGUCCAGUAAUUCCCGUGCUAGUUUAGGGAAAUUUGUGACAGAAACAGUGCUACCAUGUUUCCGACAGUGUCUGUAGAUUCGGUUGUUUUCUCUCUCUCUUUGAGGCAUGUAUGUAGAACCGAAUUAGUCGAAGGUGGCUGUUCCGACUGCACGAAGGAAGGAAUUCAAAUAAAAAAAUAUAUAUUAUCAAAGUAACAGGAUAAAAAAAAA